AGCCAAUCUUCCUGAGAAAGUCGCCAUGGGUCGUGUGAUCCGCAACCAGAGGAAGGGCCGUGGCUCCAUUUUCAGUGAGUGCGACCGCGUUAUCGCAGAACGACUGUGCGAUGAUAUUGCUUGGGGAUCAAAAUGCUCGGCUCACACCCGUCUCAACAAGGCUCCUGCCCAGUUCCGUGUCCUCGACUACGCUGAACGCCAUGGAUACACCCGCGGUGUUGUGAAGGAGAUCAUCCACGAUGCUGGUCGUGGUGCUCCUCUCGCUAAGGUCCAGUUCCGCCACCCCUACAAGUUCAAGCAGAUCACCGAGACCUUCAUCGCCAACGAGGGCAUGUACACCGGCCAGUUCAUCUACGCCGGAAAGAACGCUGCUCUGACCAUCGGCAACAUCCUUCCUCUCGCCUCCGUCCCCGAAGGUACCGUCAUCACCAACGUUGAGGAGAAGUCCGGUGACCGUGGUGCCCUUGGUCGUACCUCCGGAAACUACGUUACCGUUAUCGGCCACAACCCCGAUGAUGGCAAGACCCGUGUCAAGCUCCCCUCCGGUGCCAAGAAGGUCAUCAAGAACACUGCCCGUGGUAUGAUUGGUAUCGUCGCUGGUGGUGGUCGUACCGACAAGCCUCUCCUGAAGGCUUCUCGUGCCAAGCACAAGUUCGCUGUCAAGCGCAACAGCUGGCCCAAGACCCGUGGUGUUGCCAUGAACCCCGUCGAUCACCCUCACGGUGGUGGUAACCACCAGCACAUUGGUAAGGCCUCGACCAUCUCCCGCUACGCCGCCCACGGUCAAAAAGCCGGUCUUAUUGCCGCCCGGCGGACUGGUCUGCUCCGUGGUACCCAGAAGACCAAGGAUUAAACGUGAUAUCAUAUGGAGUUUUUUUCUUUGUGACGGGUUGAAAAGGCUUUUUGCUAUGAGACAUAUGUACUUAGGCGACUGCGGACGCGCCCUUAGCCAAUUCAAGGUUGUGGCCCAGAAACAAUUUCAUUGACUAUUAAAAAGCAAAUGGGUUGAG